AUGACCAAUGCGAGACUCAAGGUGCUGCUCGUCAACGACGACGGACCGCCUUCCACGUCGUCUCCGCACGUGCUCGGGCUGUACGAGGAGCUCUGUGCGCUCGGCUGGGAGGUGAGCGUGGUUCUUCCGUCGUUCCAAAAGUCGUGGGGCUCGAUGCAGUUCUCGCUUCAAGGACCGGUUGCCUACUGGUACUACUAUCCGAUUAAGGGCAAUUUCGACGGUAAGCAUCGCGGCACGCCGCAAUCGUGGUCGGCGACACGCAGACCAAUCAACCGCGAACGCGGUGAGAUCGCCGAAUGGAUCCUCAUCGACGGGUCUCCCACGACAGCAUCCAAUGCAGGACUGUUCAACCAGAAUGCCUUUUUUGGAGACACGCCCGAGGAGCGCGACAAGGCUGCGUCGACCAAGACACAGUUUGAUCUGGUCGUGUCCGGCCCGAAUUUCGGACGCAAUACAGGAACCGCGUUUGCGUUGUCUUCCGGAACAGUGGGAGCUGCCAUGGCUGCAUCGCUCGCAGGCGUACGCAGCAUCGCAGUCUCGUUCGGCCACUUUACCACGAACCCACCCACGUUCGCGCAUCGUUCCAAAUCACGUGCUCCCGGUCUAGACGCAGCACAACUACGUCAGAUCGCCGCCACGGCAAACAAGCUCUCUGCCUCGCUCAUACAACGACUCUACGACAACUGGGCACACGAACCCGAUGUCGGAUGUUAUAGUAUCAACAUUCCGCUGUGCGAAACCAUCUCGCAACCCCAAGUCAUCUGGACGCGCAUCUGGGAGAACCGCUACGGCCCUCUGUUCGCCGCCGAGUCCACAGCCACGUACCCGGCGCCACUCGCUCCGCAACCGCCCACCGCGCCCAAGCCGCAGAACGUGCUCCAUUUCGCACCCAACAUGGCGUCACUCUUGGGCCCAACCACGCUGCCAGAGGGGACCGACGUAUGGGCAAUCUUGAACGGAUACGUGAGCAUCACAAGGUUAAGACCGAAUUUCAUGGAGGUAGACCGCCAAGGCCGGGGGUUGGACGUGCCCAAGCUGUCGGACGACAAGCAAGAGCGAAGAGGCGAUGCGAAAGAGGCCGAGGUUAAGCCGCCAGCCGCGCUCGGGUUUCAAGACGGCUUACAGGACGGCUUGGACGUGGGCAAGCGCUGGAGGUUGUAG